GGCAUGUUUAGUGCGUAUUGAUAGCGAGUGAACAGCUGUGAAAUUGUGCAAUUUUAAAACGUUUGGGACAUUAUUGGACUAAUCCUUUUCGAAAAAUAUAUAGAAAAAUUGAUGUAUAAUACUUGUCACGUUUCAAAUUUUGUAACUUCUACCAGAUUUCGUAAUAAAAAUUAAUUAUGGAACUAUAUUUGAAGGAGCACGGCUCCAUUGCUAGGACCUUUUCACAAUCAGUGUGAUUUUGAAGCGUUUGGCUGGAGGGUGAGCAAUGAUAAACGAACUGAUGAUACAUUUUGGCCUUUCAUUUAUCAACUUUAAUGCGGAAAAAUCUUCGAUAUUUCGGAUCACGCAAGGAGGAAUAGUUUGAUUGUGGCAUGAUUGACUCCAUGCAGAGCGUCUAUGGCCGAGCAACCUAACUGUGUGUCAGGGGGGUCUGAAUCGCUUCUCGAUACAGCAGGGGCCGCCAUCACACAGAAUACAGCAAGAUACAAAACUGGAUUGAGUGGCUCAAGGAAACGUGGAAAUUCAUCCAGUCAUCACACGCCUAGCAGGAAACGCAGCCGGAAAGACGGUCAAAUAGUUAAUCCCGCAAAAGAAGACAUUUUUGAAGAAGAAAACCCAUCACUGUCAGGUCUACGCAUAAAUCACAGAAUCAGUAAGGACUCUCUUGCUUCAGAGUCUGUCAAUUUUAAUACGGUGAACAAAGCCAACAGUCCAGCAGUAGGUCUUUCAGAGAGCCAAGAUAAGAAGCCAUCAGUACUGGGAGUAGUGGACAAGAACGAUUACUGCAGAGCAGCGAGAGGUACAAAAGUGAGAGGCAGAAGAGGGAGAGGACAUAGUAGAAUAGCUCAAAAGAACAAUUCCAGUUUUGAUAUUGCUGUAGCACCUGUUUAUCCACUAGGAACAGGUCGUGGAAAACUCGGGCAUUCGUUGGAAUUCGCCUCAGCACAAUUUGGCAGUAUCGCAACGUCGACACGUUCUCGUACUGCUGCUGCAGGAAGGAACGCGAUUCAGAGCACAUUCUCUGAUCAGGCAAGGAACAUCAGCAAGAUUGACAACGGAGCAGCGGCAACAGCAGCUAGAGGUGGGAAAGGGGGCAAAGGAGGCAGCAUCAACAGCGGCAGCAGUAACCCAUCGAGAAGUUCAUCUCGAGGUGCUCGAGCAAAAUCAACCAGUAUAAAUUCAACUCCUCCCACCAGAGGGAAGACUGUUAAAAACAGGAAGAGCUCUUGUUCCAGUUCCGUAACAUCUGUUACUGGAACAGGAGAAGAUUUGCUUGGCUUUUCACAAUCAGUAUCAACAACAAAGGGUGCGAGAAAACCAUCAUCUGGAUCCACAUACACCCACGGCAGGAGUUCUAGUGCUACAAGUCAGGAGUCUGCAACCUUGCUGCAGAGUAACCAGUCUAAAGCCAGUGAUCGCAAAUUAAUUACCUCAGAAAGCAAGUCAAGCACUGGUGCUAUUAAGAAACAACAGUACACUGCAGCAUAUCAACAAGUCAGGGUUCUAAGCUCCAACAGGAGACAGCGCAACGGGAACAACAACAAUAACAACUUAACCAUCACAGGAGCUUCUGAUAGGGUAGGUGCAAGUGCUGCCUGGGAAGCUAACAGUGACAGAAACGUUCCAUUGGAUACAUCGAGUUGCAAGAGCUAUUCGACAUCAGCUUCAUCGUAUACUCGUCCGGGGAGCAGCCAAUCAGGGAAGAGCAUUGGCAGGGGUAGAAAGAGAGAUUUGAUAGCACAUUCAGCAUCAUCCAACCAGAUCAGCACAGUAACAAGUAUACCAGUAUCUCAGGUGAAGAAAUACCCGCUCCGAAGUCAGGUCCGACUUAGCGCUUGUGGGACAGCCACCAACAGUGUGAACAUAGCAACUAUCACCCAAUCACAGAGACGCAGCAUCACCGUGGUACCCAAGAAGAAGGCCAAGGUUGCUGACUCCACCAGGAAUCUGGUCAUUGUUUCAGGUGGUACCCAGUCAAGUAGCAGUAGCAAUAGUACACUCACUCACAACAAAGAAGUUCCGGGAGCAGGUGGAGGAGGGGGAGGAGGAAGAGGAGGAAGUGACAGUAACCAGGCAGAGGAAAGAGGACACCUGUUACGGCGCAGCACUCGGAGCAAGACCACCACGGGGUCCUGUGCCAGCAGCAGUCGCCGCUCGUCCCGGGCUGGUAAGGUUCCCCUGCCAGGGGCCACCUCCACAGCCGUUGCUUCGAGCGGAGGAGUAGGAGGAAUGUCUUCAAGUAGUGGUCAGGGGCAAGAUGCCUCAAGCAGCAGUUCACUGGCAGCAGCUGGAGCAGCAUCUGCGAAUGGCGUUCUAGUUCCUGCGAGCACAGCAGCUGUAGCUGGUGAUGAGAAUGCAGUCCAUCAUGCAACAGUCACUUCAGCUGGGUCUGCAUCUGGUGGAAGUGGUGGUCCAUCAGGGGUAACUGCCUCUGCUGCAGAUAGUGAGAGUGACGACAGUGAAGUGGGACGGCUUCAAGCUCUGCUUGAGGCUAGAGGUUUACCCCCACAUCUGUUUGGAGCCUUGGGACCAAGAAUGCAAACCUUGUUGCAUCGUAGCAUGGGUGCUAGUUCAUCUUCCAAAGCACAGCAGCUGCUACAGGGUCUACAAGCUACAGGUGAUGAGGGACAGCAGUUGCAAGCUGUUAUUGAGAUGUGUCAGAUGUUGGUGAUGGGAAAUGAGGACACUUUGGCAGGGUUCCCGGUCAAGCAAGUGGUGCCAGCUCUUACGACCUUGUUGGGCAUGGAGCACAACUUUGACAUGAUGAAUCAUGCUUGUCGAGCACUGACAUACAUGAUGGAAGCACUUCCUCGGUCUUCAGCUGUGGUGGUGGAUGCUGUGCCAGUGUUUCUAGAGAAGCUGCAAGUGAUUCAGUGCAUGGAUGUAGCAGAACAGAGUUUAACAGCCCUUGAGAUGUUGUCUCGUAGGCACAGCAAGUCUAUUCUUCAGGCACGUGGUGUUGCAGCCUGCCUUAUGUACCUUGACUUCUUCAGUAUCAAUGCUCAGCGUGCUGCAUUAGCUAUCACAUCUAAUUGUUGCCAGAAUCUUCAUGCAGAUGAAUUCCACUUUGUGGCUGAUUCGCUGUCGCUUCUGGCAAACCGGCUUCCACAGCAGGAUAAGAGAAGUGUUGAGAGCGUGUGUCUUGCCUUCAGUCGGCUUGUAGACAGUUUUCAAAAUGACCCCAGUAAACUCCAAGAAAUUGCCAGCCCUGUACUGCUGACCAAUCUGCAACAACUGUUGGUUGUGUCUCCACCUGUAAUCAGCACUGGGACUUUCAUCACUGUUCUGCGAAUGUUGUCUGUGAUGUGUGCCAAUUGUCCUGAUCUGGCCUUAACCCUGCUGCGACAAAACAUAGCAGAAACUCUGUGCUACCUUCUUACUGGCUCUGGAGAUGCUAAUAUGGAUGAGGUUGAGCUGGUACCACGCAGUCCCCAAGAACUAUAUGAGAUAACAUGCCUCAUUGGUGAAUUGAUGCCUCGCCUCCCGUCAGAUGGGAUCUUUACGGUAGAUGCUCUUUUGGAGCGCCCAAACAACAAUAUCCAAGACACAGUGCAAUGGCAAUGGAGAGAUGAUCGAGGAUUGUGGCACCCGUACAGCACCAUUGAUUCUCGCAUUAUUGAGGCUGCUCAUCAGUCUGGUGAAGAUGAGAUCAGCCUCUCUACUCAAGGCCGUACAUAUACUGUAGACUUCCAUUCUAUGCAGCAAAUCAAUGAAGAUACUGGCACAACAAGACCUGUACAGCGACGACUUAACCCCAGCUCCCUGUCAAGCAACAUGGUGGACAUGUCUGCUAGUGCCAGCUCUGGCACUGUGAAUAAUGCCAACGCUAAUGAUAGUGGCCUCCUGUCAGCAGGUUCCACCUUGAGUGUAGGGGUAACGGCAAUAGCAACUAGUGUGCAGCCAUCAGCCCUCAUGCCUGCUGGCUCAAAUUCGGAAAGUAACCUUAGUUGUAGCAGCAAUGCCAGUGGUCGGGCAGCUAGUGGCAAUGGCACGCGAGAUGCAAGAGUGGCUUGUCUGCGUGAGGAAAGAGGUCUAGCUGCCUCCUUUAUUCGGUCACUAUUCAGUGUGCUCUAUGAAGUUUACAGCUCAUCAGCUGGACCAGCUGUGCGCUGCAAAUGUCUGCGUGCUCUGUUACGGAUGGUUUAUUAUGCAUCAGCAGAUCUGCUCAAGGAGGUACUGAAGAAUCAAGUGGUUUCAAGUCAUAUUGCAGGAAUGAUGGCAUCUCAGGACCUACGGAUUGUUGUUGGUGCCCUACAGAUGGCAGAAAUUCUUAUGCAGAAGUUGCCAGAGGUGUUUGGAGUCCACUUUCGUAGAGAAGGUGUGAUGCACCAAAUCAAGAAGUUGGCCAGCCCAGACAUUCCCCUGGGCAUGUCUCCACCAAAAAGCAGUGAUUCCAGUACAUCAGUUAAGCAACAGGAGCUGAACUGUUCACAGCCAGGCCCAUCAUCAUCAGCUUGUAGCAUAUCUGUAGCAAGCUCUGGUGGGAUAACAACUGGGUUGUCUUCAUCUGUCCAAGCUGUGGGGAAUGUCAACCAGAUAGGAGUUGUGUCACGUAAUAGCAGCCCAAAUGGCAGCAUUGUGUUAGUAUGUUUGCUUUCACCAGCAUCAAAUGUUGGUAAUAGUGGUAGUGGGCUGGUGUUCACAACUAUACCAACUCCAAGCCUUUCUCCAGCCAGCCCCGAGCCCAGGCGAUUUACCCAGCAGCCGGACUUAGGAAUAGUAGGAGAAGACAUCCGGUCACCCAGCCCAUCACAGCUACGCUUGACUGAUGUGUUGAAACGGAAACGCACCCCUAAGAGGGCUGUCACUUCAAAUCGUAAGACUAGGCAAGACUCUGACAACAGCCUGUCAUCAUCAGUGAUGCAAGAUUUCUUCUCCAAAGCUACGUCACUAGGCAGCUCUGGACGAUCAACACCAACAGGUGCCAGUGGAACCAGCUCAGCCAGAUCUCGAUUUGCCGGUGCCACGUCAAAAACAACAAGCUUCUUAGCCAGCCUAAAUCCUGCUCGCUGGGGAAGAAGCUUGAACAGUGGUGGUUCAGGUCUUACUGACAGGCCUUUCCACAAGGAGUCUUCCAUGUCAAAGUCUUCAAGCAAUCCAAACCUAACAGCUGGCAACAAAGAAAAGGCUCGAAAUUGGGUUCGGGAACAGGCUUCUCGAUUUGUAGAAGCCUAUUCUGUAUCUGAAAGCAAUGGCCCACCUCAUCCUGCCAUGAAUGUUCUGUCCAGGCUCACUCAGGCAAUACAUAAGCUUCAAGAACAGCCUACUGAAGGCCUGGAAGCCCUGGAAGAGCUGCGCAGCAUAGUAAUGGAAUCUGAUAUCUCACCAUUUGAAGUAAACCACAGUGGACUGAUUCAGGCCAUUCUUCAGUAUGUCACACAAGCUGACAGUCCAGUCAUGGGAUCUCGGGAUCAACGACUUCGUACUUUUCUUCAUGUGUUUUCUGGAUGCCCAUUGGCCCCUGACUUCUGUGGCCAGCCUUCAGGUUGGAAUCCUGCAUCCAUGUCAGCUCUUGUUGCCAAGUUGAGUGGCUGUGUUUCACAGUUGGAACAGUUCCCUGUGAAAGUUCACGACCUGCCAGCCGGGACUGGCACAGGAAGAGGUGGUGGAACCAGUGCACUCAAGUUCUUCAACACACAUCAGCUCAAGUGCAACUUACAACGGCAUCCAGACUGUACAAACCUAAAGCAGUGGAAAGGAGGGACAGUGAAAAUUGACCCUCUGGCUUUAGUCCAGGCUAUUGAGCGCUAUCUUGUUGUAAGAGGUUAUGGCCGGCUCAAAGAUAAAGACUCGGGGGAUUCUGACGAUGACAAUAGUGAAGAGGACAUAGAUGAUACACUUGCUGCUGUCGUGAUAAGCCAGGGCACAGCUCGUCACAGGUUGCAGUUCCUUAUAGGGGAUCAGCCCCUCCCAUAUAAUAUGACUGUGUACCAAGCUGUGCGCCAGUUCAGCUCAGCAGGUAACGACCAAUCAGAGACUGAUACCGACAAUGAAGCUCCAUUAGGCAACUCUGGUGUUUGGGUCCAAACUCAUACCAUAUACUAUAAGCCAGUUCCUGAAGAGGAGUGCAGUGUUAGUAGCAAACCAGGAUCCAGCUGUACACCUGGUCGGAAAGGCAAGGGCACCAGCACGAAGCUUAACUCCCGUAGUCGCAAGGGGGAUGACCUCUGGAAUGAAGGCAUAGUUCCAUCACAGCAGUCACCAUUGCAACCCUUUCUGAGUCCGCAACUUCCAGAUACAGUUUCAAUACAAGAUGCUUCUUUGGAUGUUCUGUGCCUAUUACGAGUGCUCCAUGCGCUGAACAGAUUUUGGGGCACACUUUAUCCUGCUGUGGAGUAUUUACCUAUCCUGACUCAGCAGGAUUUUGUGAACAGCAAGGUUGCUGCAAAAGCAAGUCGACAGCUUCAAGAUCCUCUCGUUAUCAUGACGGGUAAUUUGCCGUCAUGGCUCCAACAGAUAGCUGCUGUGUGCCCUUUCCUCUUUCCAUUUGAGACUCGUCAGCUGCUGUUUUAUGCGACAUCCUUUGACCGAGAUCGUGCUCUUCAGCGGUUAUUAGAAUCAACACCAGAGCUGAGCAGUUCAGACUCAACAGAACGGGUAACACCAAGGCUGGACAGGCGAAAACGUGUCAUUUCUCGAGAUGAUAUUCUUAAACAGGCUGAACAUUUGAUGCAAGAACUCGCUACAUCAAGGGCCUUGUUAGAAGUCCAGUACCAUGACGAGGUUGGGACUGGCUUAGGUCCGACCCUGGAGUUCUAUGCCUUAGUUUCACGGGAGAUGCAGCGUGCAGACCUGGAUCUGUGGCAUGGUGAACGUUCCACUCCACAAAACACUGGUGCAACAGGAGUACCUACAAGCUACAUUCAUUCUGCAGUUGGCCUUUUCCCUUCCCCACUUGGGCGUACAGCCAAGUCAAAUCAUGUUGCCAAAGUUAAAAGUAAAUUCCGCUUUCUUGGAAAAUUCAUGGCUAAAGCUGUAAUGGACUCUCGGAUGCUUGACUUACCAUUCAGUGUAGUGUUCUACCGGUGGUUGCUGGGCCAAGAGUCCACUCUGUCUCUUCCAGACUUGGCACUUGUGUGCCCAGAAGUGCAUCGCACAUUGUGUAAACUUCAGCUUGUUCAGCGCCUCAAAGAUCAGAUUGACAAUGAUCCUGAUCUGACUGCUAGUCAGCGUAAGAAAUGGGCUGAGAAAUUAGACCUGGAUGGUUGUGCCAUACAGGACCUUGGCCUUGACUUCACAUUGCCUGGGUAUGCAAGCAUAGAGCUCCGCAAGGGAGGCAGGGACUUCUCCCUCUCUGUGCAUAACAUAGAUCAGUACACAAAGUUGGUGUGCCAUUGGUUUCUGAUGGAAGGCAUAUCACGUCAGAUGGAAGCAUUUCGUGAAGGUUUUGAGACUGUCUUCCCAUUGUCACAACUGCAAAUGUUCUACCCAGAGGAAUUGGAGGCUGUUUUCUGUGGUGGUGGAAUGAUGGCAGGGGGAAGUGGAGGUAGCUGGGAUGCCAAAACAUUAAUGGAGUGUUGCCGUCCCGAUCAUGGAUACACGCCUGAUUCACGUGCCAUACGCUUUCUUUUUGAGAUCCUUAGUCUGUAUGACCGGGAAGAACAAAGGCAGUUUGUCCAGUUUGUCACUGGCUCUCCGAGGCUGCCUGUUGGAGGCUUCAAAAGUCUGUCGCCUCCUCUAACAGUCGUCCGGAAAACACUGGAACCAAACAUGAAUCCUGAUGACUUUCUGCCCUCUGUGAUGACGUGUGUGAACUACCUCAAGCUGCCAGAUUAUUCGUCGCUGGAGGUGAUGCGAGCGAAGCUUGGCCUUGCCGCCAGGGAAGGUCAACAUUCCUUCCAUCUAUCCUAGUUGCUUUACCCUUCUCUAUUCUGUUGCCAUAUUCCUAUUCUAGCUCAAACAAGUGUAUGUUCGUUGCCCAAGUGUAUAAUUUCUAUCAGACCAUUACAAAUCCUUUUACAUAUUUAAAAGACUUCAUGUAUAUUAUUUUAAGUAACUAUUACAUUGUGAAGUCAACCCAGAUUUAAGUACCUCAUAUUUUCCUACACAUAGACGGAAGUUCCCUGUUAAAACAAGCUGGCCUCCUUUGUACUGAUUAACAAUGGAAAUAUGAUUUAUUUCUUUCAUAUUAAAGUAUACUGAAAAUAUCCCACCUAUGUUCCAGUCUUAAGGGCACUGAUACUUAUAUCCCUGCCUUCAGUUUAUAUAAUAGUAUACACGUACGCAACUGAACUUGAUAGGAAGCUAUCCAAUAAGAAUCCAUGCUUAUACAAGCUGAAUACUGACGUUAGACUUUGCGGAGGAGGAGGACAAGAAUCUUCAAACAUUAUCGAACUAUUAUUACUAUCAUCACUGUAGAAACAGACUUCGGAAAGUCGAGUUCCUUUCCUGUUGAAACAGUAUGAUAUUCCAAGGUACAACAGUAGGAGAAACAGCUGGAUGUGAGGAGAGGACACUUAGUGAUACGGAUGUGAUGAGAGACACCAAUUUUUUUGUAAUAAAGCAUAAGUGUUACACGUGAAAGUGAACACAGCGAAAAAGUGUGAUGCUUAAUUUGUGACUGCAGAUAUCAUCAGACUUCAUGCUGUUAUGCGAAAUAGUUAGGGUGUGCACUGUGUAUAUGUGUUCGCGUGUUUGUGAACGUAUGUUCUUGAGGUUGUAAGAUAAUCCUUGAGGAACAAAGUUGCAUUUCUUUAGUCUGUAUCCUCCACAUUGUGAGUUCAUUUUAAAAUACUUGUUCUGGAGAAUAAUGCUUCAUGCACUGUGAAGAGAAUUAUGCAUUCUGUGAAGUAUUGGUGACAGUUGGAGGAAGAUAUAUAUAUAUAUACAUAUAUCUCUGUUAAUUAAUUUUUUAAACUAGUCUUUCAAAGCAAGUUGGGUUUAUACUUCUAAUUUGCAUUCACAGUGUCAUUUUUUAUAUAUAAAUAUGUAUAAAACUGCCCAGGUAGGUUCAUUUGCAAUAUUACUGACAGUCCAAACUUGUGAGGGAAAGAAUUUUUCUAGGGGGCAUCCACUGUGAAGCUGUGUGGAAUUUAUAGUGUACUGUUUGAACUAUGUGCAGAAAGGUCAUCAUAUAAGAAUGGGACUACAAAUUUCAUGGCCUUUGGCUUGUUUUUUUCCCUGCAAAUGCUUCAACAGAAAAUUGUUAUACUAAACCAGGCAAUGCAAAGAAAUUGGCACAAAUUUAUAAUUGAAGGUAAAGGUGGUACAUGGUUGCUGAAAUGGAAACUACCCACAAAUUAUCUAUAAUUCAGGGUUAGUAACAUAUUUGGCAUGUCUGUAUUUCAUUACUUUCAUAUAACCCAGUAAGCCACAUGACAAAAAGAAGUUGAAAAGGUCUAGAGGUUGGUUUUUGUUUGAUAUUGUGUUAUAAAUUAUUUGUUAACAUAACUGACACUUGGAAUUGAAGUAUUUGUCCUUAAGUUUCAGUUACUGUAUUCUUAAUCUUGUUUUAUUCCCAUCUCUAGAUUUUGCUUAAUUAUCAGGACUAUAUUGUAAUACAUCCAUAAUUAUCAAGCAUUGUGAUGAGUCCCAGUGUAAUAUGGUUUGCACAACAUUAGUAUUUCGGGCAAAUUCAGUUAUUUACGAUGUAGAAGAAAGGGUAGAUAUUGUUUCCCUCUCAAAAGUUUAUAUUAUAUUUUGUGCUUCAUAAAGAUUGUGUACAGGUAUGAUGAGUGUUGUUACAGUUAAUCUGCGUUGUAUGUCCAAGUGAAAACUGUUUAAAAGUUUUAUUUGGUAAACUAAUUUUUGUUGCAUAAGCCGUUUUCCACUUCAUCCCCCUAUAUAAAAUAGGUAGUACAUUACUUUUUACUUUGCUGUGGGGGUGAAUGUUUUGAAACACAGUAAAAAUCAGUUUAUAACUUUUGAACUGCACUACUUACAAAUAAACUCCUGACCUUUAAGGUAUAUUUUUGCGAUGACCACUAACAGAAUUGUUUACUACUCAAUGCAUGAAUUUACAACUAAGUACUACAGCCUUCAUACAUGUCACUUGGAGUUUAAUGAUGAAUGACCAUGAUUUUGUUGAUAACUUUUUGACUUCUUGUCAUUCAUUUCCUGUCUAUUCAGUCAUGUGACAUUUUUUCUGAGAAACCUGUAAUGGAAAUGUGUUUAGUAUCCCCAAAUGUAGGUAUCUAAGACAUAUCAUCACAGAAAAUGAAAACUGACUAUGAAGCCUGUUCUAAAUGUUUAUAAAACCUGUGUAAUCAUUCCAAAAAAAAAAUUAUUUUAGUUAAUGGCUUUCUUUAGUGCAGCACUCCUGUCUGUAUUAAAUUUAAAGUUGCCCAUAAUAUUUUGUUUCUGAUAUAGUAAUAGCAGAUAUAUAAGAAACCAGAGUAAAUAGUCUGUUGACAUAGGAAAUAUUCUGUGAAAUAAGGAUUUACCCAGAGAUACUGAUUGUCCAAAUUAUUGGUCUGUAUUUGCAUGCAGUUUAUGGUUCCUAAUCACAAAUGUAUUAAACAUUUAAAAUGGCAUGUAAACUUACACAAGUUUUGUAAAUUCAACUUUAUAAGUGAAGUGACCUUUGCUUUUAGAUACUGCAAUAUGUCUGGCCUUCAGACCAUUUAAGAGAAUGUAAAUGUAAUUUAUGAAAAUGCUCAAGUUGGGCAUCCAUAGCUUUGGUUUUAAGGAAACAUUAUGACCACAGUUAUGAAAUUUGUUAGGAAUGGUCAUAUCGCAAAUAUAUGCUGUUCCUGAAAAUCAAAUGUUAAAGAAUUCAUGACAACUUUCUUUUCUAAUAGCAUUUCAUGUACUGAUAUCACAAAAAGUUUCACGAAAAUAAUAUCUAAAACCACUUGCUGCACAUUUAUAAUAAUUGUUACUACUCAUAUAUACUGAGUUACUUCCUGAGACAGAAAUGGUAAAUUGACAAUAAAUACAGAAGAUGGCUGCCACCAAAGUUUGCAUAUAAAAAUGCUGAUAUGAAUGUUAAUUUUUCCUGCAAGCUUGAUGUAUUACUACGUUUCACAUAUAUACAUGACCAUUAGGACAGUGA